AUGGGCGCUCUUAUGGAUGCAUCGUGGUGUUCGAUGGCACUUGCUACGGUGUUGCUCACACUUCAUCGUCUGACGUGGACUGUAUUUCCAUUUCGAGCAAAGCGUAUUCUUCCUCACAACAUUUCCCAAAUGUUUGCACUAAUGUUGUGGACUUUCUAUGGAGCAAUGUUGGCGAUCAACCUCACACCGUAUUCAGCCAUGCGCUUUAGGAAAGAUUGGAUCUCGUGGUACUAUGACAGAGACCUGCCGUUCUCUACCUUUUUUCUUCAUCUGCACAUAGUUUGCACAUAUGCAUCAGUUAUUGUCAGUACAUUAGUUUACAUAGUGGUGUUCGCAGUUUUGUUGCAAGGGCAAUCUCAAGCACGGAAACUCCGUGAGAUGCGCAUGACAUUAUUGGUGUUUUCCUUUUGUGCAUACCAAAUUGUCUGUUUUAUCAUUUGGGAGUUUGUUCUACCCGCAUUAGACUACAAUUACUACGUUUCAUUUGUGAGCUUAAUCAUGUGGGUGAUUUGGAACGGUGCCAGUGCCAUACUCUACAUGAUGUUCAGCGUUUCCUUUCGACGGGACCUAAAGAAAUUGAUUCUAUCCACAGGAUGUUGCGGGAGUGGUAUAACGGUGAACGUGGUGCUUCCUGCUAGUCCACGCAUUGAAACGCCAAGACGAGCGACAAUGAUUGACUAG